CUUGACAAUAGGGGCGAUGAAUGAAUACUCCUUGUGAAGCAUCAAGGCAGCACAAUACUGUAUUGGCGACAUUGGGUGACGACAACGGGAUACAGGGCUGAAGUCAGAAGCAAAAUUGACCGCAAUCUAUCUAAAAUUCAACAGAAAACCAUUCACUAGAAGCACAGCACGAGGGCAACCUCAAACACAUCCCUCAAGAUGGCAGCUCCAAUGGACCAGCGUAUCGCCGUUCCUAUCGACGACCCCAACGCCGACACAGAAUGCCACCCUCCCCCCACCCCCAUGAUCCAAGAAGCCAUCCUCGAAGCCCGCCGCCUCGCCCACGAAAACCGCCUCGAAGGCAAAGACCUCUCGGACCUCGACUCUCUCGAAGACGAAGAAGACGAAGAUUUCCUUGAAUCCUACCGCCAGAAACGCCUCCAGGAGCUCUCGGCCCUCUCCAAAAAGUCCAUCCACGGCUCUGUCUACCCCCUCUCCAAGCCAGACUACCAACGCGACGUAACCGAAGCCUCCAACAACGGCCCCGUCUUCGUCCACCUCGCCUCCUCCCUCUCCACCAACGUUGAGUCCCGCGUUCUGGGCCAACUGUGGCGUCAGGCAGCAGAGGAAUACGGUGACAUCAAGUUCUGCGAGAUGCCCGCUAACCGAGCGAUCGAGGGGUACCCCGAGAAGAACUGCCCUACCAUCUUGGUUUACAAAAACGGGGAUAUUGUCAAGCAGAUUGUCACGCUUAUGACGGUGGGUGGGCCAAGGAUGAGCAUGCUCGAGUUGGAUAACCUAUUGGUUGAAGUGGGGGCAGUGAAGGAGAAUGACAUGCGGGUGUUGAAGCGGAGGAGGGAGGCGGAAGAUGCCGAGGAGGAGAGGAUUGUCAACAAGGGGAUCAGGAGCAGUUCUGAUAGGAGGAAACAGGACGAUGAUGACGAUGAUUGGGACUGA